CCAUCCACGUAAGCAAGGUCAUUACACAAAGGAUCAACUCCUACACUAAAAAAGGAUUUGUCAGAAUCAAUUAGAAAAUGCUGGGCUUGAGGCUGGAGGCGGAGGAUGAAGGUGGGAAGAGAAAGGACACUUCAUUGUACAGCCAUUUUCAAGUUAUAUUUCACUACUAGUGCGUGCACUAGAUUGCUCAUCUCAGAAUUGUGGGGGAUUUGGUAAUAGCAACAGGCAACUUUACUAGCAGAAUUGCUGUUGAACAUUCCCUGAGAGAGAGAGAACAGUCCGAAAAAGUUGAGUGCCUCAGAGCAGCUGAAAAAUGACAGAGAACAAUCCUCCUGCAGCUAACCUCAAUGCAGACGCAGCAGCAAACACUGGGCCUACCACGCCGCGCAAGGGGCCUCCCAAGUUCAAGCAAAGGCAAACACGACAGUUCAAGAGCAAGCCCCCAAAGAAAGGAGUAAAAGGGUUUGGAGAUGAUAUACCAGGAAUGGAAGGACUUGGAACAGAUAUCACAGUGAUCUGCCCCUGGGAAGCUUUCAGUCAUCUGGAGCUUCAUGAGUUGGCACAGUUUGGAAUCAUCUAAGCCCUCAGAAUCUUUGCUUGUUUAUUUAGUGACAUUGGGAGUUAUGGAACAGUCCUCAUCACCCAUAAGACUUAUUUCUAUCCUUCAUCCAAAAUGAUGGCAUCAUACAGAAACAGUUGGCUUUAUGGAUAUAAGUCAGUUCUGGCCAACUGUGUUUUUUGGGUUAACUUUGCAAGAAAUUAAGAAAUGCUGCUAAAAUACCCAAUUGGCUGAUCACUUAAUAGCCUGAAAAGCAUCUGCAUAUUUUCCUGUAAAAUAGCUUAGGUUCUUUCUACCUAAAAUAUAUGGCAUGUCCAUGUAUGACAUGUAUCCAAUUGUGAUUUCUUUGUAUAUAUUUAAAAAUCUUGCCCAUAAUUCUCCAUCUUGUAAAUGUGCGUGCCUAUACUGUACAGGCAAUCCUAGAGUUCCCUGCAGUUUAAUCCAGUAUUAAACUCCACAGUA